AUGGGGCCGGUCCUUCGAUGGGGAGAUGCGAAGAAGCAGCAGCUUGGUCGUCUCCGGAUGAAGGUGACCUUUGCCCUUGCCGAGCCUAGACUAGACUGGGGCGCUGUGAUGGGAGAUCAUUGGCUAGUUCGGCUGUGUAUGCUCAACAUCCUGGGCGCUCCACUUCUGCCCGUAGAUUGGCAUCUGCCGAAGGUUUCUUUCGGGAGGUAUCCCCGUGGGGGAGAGAAGAGUAGAGUUUUCGGCAGGGAAGAAGGUGAGGACCUUCAGAGUUGGAGGAACCUGCAGAAGAUAAAGAUGAAGAAGCAGUCGUCAAGCUUCGAACACUGGUGUGGUGCUUGCCGAAGGCUCUCCGAUGCUUAA